AUGGAUGCCACACGCAAUAUCGUCAUGAAUGUAUGCUCGGUUUGUGAUGUAGACAAGGGUAAAAAAAUCCAGAGGCAGCUUGCUGAAGUCCAUGGAUAUUCGCAAGAGCAAGUAGCGGAAUUUAAGGCUGAGAAAAAGAACCGAAAAUUUGCCGCCUCAGGAAGAUCAGUAUAUAACUGUGUAGAGGAGACCCGAAGGAUUUCAACGGAUAUACAGGGCGGGAACAGAGACCUUCUCCAGAGAAUUGAAAUGGAAAUGGCAUCGAUACGAGAAAAUGUCAUCAAAAUGAUGAAAAGGACAACAAAAGGCGCUCAAAUGAGUAUGGAGCAAACGUUGCGCAAUUUGGAACAGUUACGCAAAAUGGCGGACUCGUUAGCAGAUAACGCUGAAAGAAGCGACCAGAACAUGCGCCUUGCACGCCGUCCAGAUGUUCCUAGUGUCGGCCGUCCUCAAGCUCCUACUCCGAUACGGAAAUUACAGAAGCGAGUCCAUCUACGCAAGGAGGAGACGAAAACCACUGCUGGAAAUUCCGGACUGUGCACAAGGCGAGAGGGACGCGCGUGCUGUUUGCCUUCGGAUGCAGCCAAGUAG